GCACUAGCACUAGCAUUACUCAUUCAUUCAGGUUCAGGCACUCUCAGAGUAUUAUUUAAGGGCUUUCUGCAACUCCCUCUCUUAGAAUCAUCUCUGCUCGGUUUCUUAUUAGAGACCUUUUCAUUCAGGAACACGCUGAGACUUUCAAGGAAACAGCUGGGGAAAUCCUAAUUCAAAGAAAUGCUUUCCUUUGUGAUCCUGUUUUUUGCUCUCUGGUCUCCCUCAUCUAGUCAGAACCAGGAUGAGUACGAUGACCUCUUUUUCUUCAAUUUUGACAAUGAAGUUGAAAGUGUAAUUCCUGCAACGGAAGAAAGUAUUUCGUGCGAUUGCCAGCGAGAACACACAGAAUGGGACAAACUCUUCAUCAUGCUUGAGAACUCCCAGAUGAAAGAGAAUAUGCUGCUCCACUCCCUCGAUGAAAUCCUUAAGGUGGAGCUGCAAGCACUGAGAGGGGAAAUGCUCCAGUUAGUGCAGAAGUUGGCUGGUACGUGCACCACCUCGACAGAGAAAGCUGCUUCCCAAAUCGUGAGCCAAGUGGGCCAGAUGCUGGCAAAAAACAGCAGGCAAACUGAGGACUUUCCCGGGGUGCCUCAUGUAUCUGCGGAAGGGAAGAUCCUCAAGGAGAUUCUGCAGCUGAGCCAAAACAUGUCCAGCAGGCUCGGCCACACUGAGCACACUUGGCAGAGGGGAGCUGAGGUGGAUGCGCAGCAGAGGGGCUUUUUGCAGAGAGGCCGAUCCAGCGACAAGGCAAGUGGGGGUGGUUCCAUCCUGAAUUCGCUGUGGCAAGAACUACAGGAAACCCAAGCUGAACUGAAAGAAGCCCAAAAAAGGACCACACAGCCCUUGUUGCCACUUGGUUGUGACAUGGCCCUUUUAUUCCCAAUGCGCUCCAAAAAGAUAUACGUGAGUGUUCACCCAACUUCCGCAAUGAUGCUCUACUCCUUUACUGUCUGCACAUGGGUUAAAGUGACGGAGAUUCUAGACAAAACUAUUGUAUUCUCCUAUGGAACAAAGAUAAAUCCCCAUGAAAUUCAGCUGUAUCUGAGCAAUGAUUCAGCUGUUCUUGCUGUAAGCAAUGACAACAACAAGGUCAUUGCCCAACAGGUCGUCUCUUCUGGACGGUGGAUUCACCUCUGUGGCAUCUGGAGCACAGUUAAUGGAAGCAUUUCACUGUGGGUAAAUGGAAAGGUGGUGGCUGCCGCCACAGAAACUGCUGAGGACCACAUCGUUCCAGAUGGUGGGAUUUUGAAGAUCGGCCAAGAAAAGAAUCGCUGCUGUGAUGGAGGCAGUCUCGAUGAAUCUUUAGCUUUCUCUGGGAAAAUAACUGGUUUUAAUAUUUGGGACAGAGUCCUCAGUGGCAAAGAGAUAACAAGACAAGCUGGAGAAGAGGCUUGUAACAUUCGUGGCAACUUAGUUGGGUGGGGGGUUACAGAGAUUCUGCCUCAUGGAGGAGCUCAGUAUGUUUUUGGGCCCUGAACAGAUGCCCUUCAAAAGUCCACGUCAAGACAUCAAAUGCAGAAAAAUCUAGGAAGGGUGAAUGUUUAAAGAACUGGUCUUACAAAAGAGCUUCCAAAGGGAAGUUGCUUUAAAUCUCAAUAGACAAGCAGUGAUUGGGGAUGGGGGGGAUGCUAAAUUCACGAGGUGCCACUUCAGCCUAGUCCACACAGGAACCCUUGGAUAAGGCUCAGCAUGGCAAAAAGCCUGCAAGUGACUGUAGCAGCUACAACUACAUCACUCUAAUUUUCCUGCUCUCCUCUGUUGUUCUGAGACUAAGAAGAAGAAAAAUUGCUGCCAGAGGGAGGGUAAGUAGAUGAGUAGCACUGAGAGACAGUUAGAAGAUAGCAGACAUUAUCUGCUGCUAGAACAAGUAGUUACCAAGUCAGUGGGACGCCUUCUCACCACAUGGAACCUCAUUCUCAGGGGCACAGAAACAGCUGCCGCGAGGAACAAUUUAAAAUGGCUUCCAUAUGGCAGCCAUACUAUGUGCUCUCAUGAAGUGUUAGUACUGUAAGCAUGCAGCUCUAACCUGAGGUAUGGAUGAAAUGUUGUUUCAACAAGCAAAAGUUAAAACAUAAUCAAAAGUAGUUUGCGAACAUAUUCAAUAAUUAUAUUGGAAUAACAGUCCUUUGUGCAGAAGCUGUUCUCACUCAUAGCAAACAGGUGUCAUUCAUGAUAAUCCAAGGACAGAUUUUGGCUCAGUAACUUUCCAUAAGUAAAUAAAUGGCUGGAGCUCUUUUUCUGCAGAGCUAAUAUCCUGUCUUCCGGAUAUCCCCGUUUGUAGAUUUUAUAUUAGUAAUGUGAAUUUUACAGAUGUACCAUAUAAGAGUAUUGAAGUAACAUUUGCUAUUUUGUUUUCUUUUUUGUUGCAACUGGUAUGUACACCUUAAUAAAGCUAGUGCCGUGUCCAAGAUAUUAUUUAUACUGGAAACCAACAUAGCAUUCAGAUAAUUGUAAUUUUCUUGUUUGGAAUGGAUACAGCUGUACUAUAUUGUAAAUUGAUUUUGUACUAACAUUAUUGAAAUUAUUUUUUAUAAAAAUGUACUGUAAAUAAAAAUCCUUUAUCAGA